AUCCUGUGGAGCUCAGUGUGGAGGACCUGGAACUCGCUCGUAAGAAGAAGGAGCUGAAGGUCAUAGAGGAAAAGAUAGCUCACAAGAAAGCUGUUCUUGCUCUGCAAAAAGUUAAACGCGGAGCUAAGGACAUGCCUGAAACACAGGCUGCAUCCACAACAGUGAAGGGCAUCUCUAAACAGACCAAGAUCAACAAUACAAUAUUCAAAACAUACAACCAUGUCACCGACAAGUCGUCACGCGCCGAAGAAACAAAACAAGAUGCGAGCAUUGGAGCUGAUGAUUAGCGCUCCCCUAGAAAAUGAAGAGGCCCAUCCUCUGGGACUGAGAGUGAAGGUUUUAAUGAACCAGCGUCGCUCUCCCAACAAUAAGGUGGUCCCUAAUGAUAAACAACAUAAUCCAACCAUUCAGAGGCCAGUUCACUCACUCAGGACACAGGAGAAAGACAUAGCAGCCACAGGRUUCCAGCGCUUCCUCAAUGUCCUCAAUGAAGGUGUGGACAUCAACAAGCUCUCAAAGAUCGUCAACGACGAAAAUGAGRUACUCAUUGUGGGCGAGGAGCUACCGCAAGUUUUGCCGACUCUGCUCGAGGGUCAUGUUGAUUCCAGCAGUAGAUCCAAGUCUUCUCCAGUUGAGGAGAAGGUGAGGCUUGAGGAUGAGCAGCGGUACGAGCGGAUGCAGACCCUGCUGGAGAUCGUUGGGCUGGACUUGGGGGUUGAGGAGUUGGGUCGGCUGACAGACAGGACCAAUGAUAGGCUGUAUGGGAAGAUGGGAGACUUGAAAAGGAAGGAUUUGAGAAUGAGAAUGAGAAGGAAAAGAAAAAGGAGAGCGAGCCCUUAUUUAAACUCUCAGUACUUCCUCAUUACCAUCAGACAGCGCCAGCCUAGCCCCUUCUAAACCAGCACUCAAAAACAUGACCGUUGAAUACAGCAGUCUAGUAACAAGGAAUGGGACAAAGAGAGACACAGGGACAGAUCUGAGAGGGACUGGCACGACACUCUGGUACCAGAGACAAGGACAGAGAGAGGGAGGAGGAUAUAGUCAGAGAAAUGGAGAGAUCUGAAAGAGAUG